AUGAAAAGAUUCUAUGAAAGGCGAUUAUUCCGAGUUGCACAUAAGUAUCCAGGAACUUUAUGCAUUGCAAAAUGGUUCUUAUAUCCUGGAUGGGAGAAAGUAGAUGCAAACUCCAUUCAAAAAACUAAUGUAGCAAAUGAAUUUUUAGUACCAAAUACAAAGAAUAAUGACUUUAUUUAUGUUAUAAAUAAUGAAAUUGGAGUAUAUACCUGUCCUAUUAGAAUGUCUGGCGCUCCUUGUAAACAUCAAGGGGCAGUUUCAACAAAGUUUCACAUUUCAAUAUUUAAUUUUAUUUCAUCUUUAACACCUGAUGAUCAUAUGAUUUAUGCUUAUAUAGCACUUGAUUAUGUUGCUGAAAAUAAAUCCUUUUAUAUAUCAUUACAUGCACAAACUGCUUUACAGAAUCAAGAAAUUGUAUAA